AUGUCCGGCAACUCUGAACUCGACUACCUCAAGUCCCUCGUCUCCCAGCUCCAGGGCAAGAUCGAGUCCCUCGAAAAGUCCACCUCCAACUCCCUCUCCUCCACCCUCGACUCUGCCAAGUCCGCCCUCUCCGGCGCCGGCGCCGCCCCCAACCCCCCCCGCAUGGUCCUCAUCGGUCCUCCCGGCGCCGGCAAGGGCACCCAAGCCCCCAACAUCUCUUCCAAGUACUGCAUCUGCCAUCUCGCUACCGGCGACAUGCUCAGAGAACAAGUCGCCAAGCAGACCGACUUGGGCAAGGCCGCCAAGAAGAUUAUGGACCAGGGAGGCUUGGUCAGCGAUGAGAUUAUGGUCGGUAUGAUCAAGCAGGAGUUGACCAACAACACCGAGUGCAAGAAUGGUUUCAUCCUCGACGGUUUCCCCCGUACCGUUCCCCAGGCUUCCAAGCUCGACGCCAUGCUCGCCGAGUCCAAGCAAGCCAUCGACCACGCCGUCGAGCUCAAGAUCCCCGAUGCGCUGUUGAUCUCCCGAAUCACUGGCCGAUUGAUCCACCCCGCCUCUGGCCGUUCAUACCACCGUGAAUUCAACCCCCCCAAGAAAUCCAUGACCGACGACCAAACCGGCGAGCCCCUCAUCCAACGUUCCGACGACAAUGUCGAGACCCUCAAAAAGCGUCUGUCCACAUACCACCAGCAGACGGGCCCUGUUGUGGAGUACUACAAGGGUACCGGCGUUUGGACGCCCGUCGAUGCUGCGCAGAGCCCCAAGUUGGUUUGGGCGUCUGUGAGCAAGAUUUUGGAAACGCCUGUGAAGAAGUAG